AUGAUGACCAGAGAACCGUGGCUGGCCGACACGAGAAACCCACUAACCCACUUUCUCCUAAAGCGCUUGGCCCACGCCUGUGUAACCUUUACCUGGAUUCCGCUUCAGUUUACAAGGCCAGGUCAACUCAUCAGUAACUGCAAAAGAACAUUCCAGAGUUCAUCUCUGGCUCGGAUUGGCCCUCAGGAAGACCUGAUCUCGACCCACUAG